AUGCUAAAGAGCAAUGAUAAUUUGCACGUGGCUGUGGUGUCGCAGUACUCAUUGCAUAAUUCAACCAAAACGUCACCCGAGGAUUUCAGUAUGAUCUGCAAAGACGAAGUCGAUUCUGCUGAUAUCAUCUUUCGAGACAAUGCUCUAUCCUAUCUGGACACUAUCACUGAAGAGGAAGAAGAUCAUUAUUCCACUUCCUCUUAUGGAACUAGUGGAAGAGACACAGUGCAACAUCACUGCUCCCCGGUUUAUAGACCCAAUUCAGAGAAUGAUCUACUGGAAGCGCAAUACCUAAUAGAAAAUACUGAAGACAGGGAGUGGUUUGUUGGAGAAACAAAUCUAGAAUAUGACCAGUAUCCGUAUCAUCAAGGCACUUCUACUAAGGCGAGUUCUCCCUUCACAGGGGAAAUAUUUCCUGUACAACUGGACGGAAUAGCUUUCUAUACGUCACUUUCUAAAGACGAUAUCUUUCAGUCCUCCCCCCUGCAGUGUCAAAUUUAUUUGGAUAAGAGUGGAUCUAAAAGCCUGCCGGUGAUAAACAAGUUAAGUGAUGAGAUUCAUCCACUACUGCGAAACAUGACAUCGAGUAAUAUUUGUACUUUGCACUCUGAUGUAUGGGGUCAGGCUAACUCUAAGGCACCAUCUCCUACUCGAACUCAGUUACACGAUGUUGCAGAAUGGUCUAUUUCUACCCCUCUAGUGACAACGACGACAGACACCGCAGGACACCGUGGGACACCAGGUACAGCGGCUGUUAACUAUUCGGUCGACACAGAAAAUGACUUUGAGGCUGAUGUGUACGAAAAGGAGGGCAUGGAAAUUCCCAGCGUGCUGUCUAAAAUGAAACGAUCGCCAGCAGUUAAUGGGGUUAAUGUGUUGUUAGAAAAUACUGGUUCUUCGUUAAAUGACCUAGCUCCACACUCAACAGAUAUGUUAGACACUGCUAGUCCUGUGGAAAAAGACUCCAUAUCAAUGUCUGAAAGUUUCUCUUCCUCUGUCCUAAGCUUGAAUCAUCGAUAUUCUGAGAGUCCACAGAUGUCCAAAAGACCAGUUUACGAUUAUGGGACAGAUGAGACGUUGCUGGAAAUAUUUAUGACUCCUGCAGUGGAUGGAAUGGAAUGUGGAGAGGAGAAUUUGAGUUUAAAUGGAUCUAAGAACCAACUUCUGGCAUCUCUUGCCUUCAAUAAUCUUGGGAUGGGUCAUGUUUGGAGAGAUAAUUGCAAGCGAUCACCGAAAACAUCUGACAUUAAUAAUGGUGGUGGAAAUUUUAAUGAUGUGUUUGACGUUCCAUUUAUCGACACCGAGGAAUCAUAUUCAGAAGCUUGGUUCAUCACAGCAAGUCAGCAGUUUUCCUGGCUUGAUAGGGCACAACUUGCUGAUUUUGAAGAAAUCACUCACUAUUACGAUGAUGCAUCGAAAGAGCCUCUAGGAAUUCCGAAAGAACCAAAGUUGAUUGUCCACCCGAUCAAAAAUUUAUUUGCCAAAAAUGGCAAAUCCAAAAUUAUUCCAUCCUCUAGAAAGCUACUGAAGUUCCAAAAGGCUGUAAACAAUAAAACCGAUGGCGAAAAGAACCGACGGUUAUCCUGGAUGCGUCAGUUAUGUGGAUGUUUCACGAGAAAUCAUGGAACGGUGUAG